CCAGGGUGAGGCAGGAAGUGAGCAGUGAUUGAUGAGUUCCCAUACAGCGCAUGCGUAUAACUAUCUCUGAACUCCUUCACUCGUUCCAUUUUCCAAUUUUCUGGAUAUUCAGAAACUAACACGAGAAGGAACCGAUCAACGAUGGCCUGGAUGAAGCUCUUCUACCUGUCUCUGGCCGUCACAGCCGCUGUUCUCCUCGUCAACGCAGCCGCAGCUGACGACGAGGAAGAUGCCAGACCGGAACUGUGCAACCAGUACCGCCAGAACGUGACGACCAGACCAAACAACAGACCUAAGAGAUUCCAGAGAAGAAACAAUACCUUCGAGAUUAUCUCCGUCCACAACGUCUGGAGAGACCCUGACACCGUCUACUGGUGCGACUUCAGUCUUGAUGAAGAGGACGGCAUUAAACACUGGAGGCACUACGACUACAACGCCACCCACUGGUGGGUGGAGAAGGGGUGUUCUGGCACGUUCGUCGUCGAGGAGUGUAACACAAAGGACGUCAGAAACGCAGGAUCUCCGGUACCCACCAGGAAAUCCCCCAUGCAAGGAACCCUCGCCGCUCCCAAACCUGUCACCAACUGGAUGAACAUGAUGUCUCAAAGGCGAUUUGACAUGGGCACGUGGGAUAGGGAAGGAUUUAACAUGUUCUAGGAGAACGCUAAGUGUAUAAAUAAAGAAGCUCGUCCUCUCGCAAUAAAACUCACUUUGUUCAAAAUGUAUGCACAGCGGAUGUGACGAACUCGAAGGGACCUCAAAACAGUUCGAAACAUCCGAGGUUCGAAUUAUGUUGAUUACGGCCAGCUGGGGAUAAGCAUAGGGUUCAUCAAAGAGAUCAUUCUUACCACCAUUUGUGACAUCCGGGGUCCUAUUUCUAAAAAUAUUUGAAGUAUAAGUUAUUAUUUCAGAAGAUCGCAUAUAAUUGACAAGAGUACCUCUUUAAAGGUUCAGUGGUAUUAAUACAAUACAUCAGGGAAUACCGAGUCUGUAUCAUUAGGGGUGAAACGGUACGCUACCACGGUGAGUCAUUUUAUGACUAGAUAGAAAUGACGGUACGAAAACCGAAAAUACCGACAUUUUGAAUUGCAUUACGGUAUACCGAACCGAAGGCAAAACGCCGCGGUUCUACUGAUACCGCGAUAUACCGUGUCAUCCCUAUUUAUCAUAUACUUUCCAUAUUUUUAAAUAAGGUUUCGGGUGUCUGUGACAGCCAUAGUUUGGGAUACUAUACCAUUAAGCUGAAACUAGAGAUGUCCGAAACGAAGCAGAAGACAUUUCAAUGUCAUAUUACGAGCGUUACCUUGACUGUUUCAAACCUGUAAUGGUUAAAUACUUAAAUUCAGCUUCUUUUCCAUGUGUUUAGUUGUUCACACAUUCCACCAAUUUCAAAAAUUCUUACAAUCUGCGUUUCGUUCAAUAAAAUUAUUAAAAGAU